AUGACACGCUCUUUCCUUCCAAAGAGUUGGCCCGGGUCGCCCUCUGCGUCACGGCCAGCACAGCCAGUUGGGAUAACGAUCUGGAUCUUCUACCACUUGCCAUUUGUAUCCCUGCAGCCCAAAUCGACAAAUUGGGAUCAGCUGGUGCUCCAGCAAACGCAAGCAAAUCCAGCAAGAAAUCUCCUGCUUCGUCAGUCGGCAUGGGUACACCACUCCAUUGCGACUGGCUCACAAGCCAGUCAACUGGCCCAUGGGACAUCACUGACACCCCUGAUCACCCCUGGCCACAGCUGUGUCAGACAAGAACCUCGUUUGAGCUUCGGCAGUCAAAGAUGCCUUGGAGCCGCUUGCGCAAAAAGUACAGGGGUGGUUCUGGUCGCGCAAGGGUUGGCGGGUGCUGUGAAGGCGCAGGCCCCGUUGGUGGCUGCAUUGGUGGCAGUUGGCGGGGUGGUUCUGGUCACGCAAGGGUUGGCGGGUGCUGCGACGGUGCAGGCCCCGUUGGUGGCUGCACUGGCGGCGGUUGCAGGGGUGGUUCUGGUCGCCAAGCGUUGGCGGGUGCUGUGA